UUCUCCCUCCCCCUCUCCCUCUCUCAGAAGGAGAAUGUGCACUCUCGUUCCCAGCAGCCUCAGCCCCAGCAGCUGAAGAGGCCUACCUCACUGACAGACCUAAGUCAGGCCCACGAGGAACAGGAAGUAGAGUUCCUUAAGCUGCAGGUUGCCGAGCAACAAGGCGUCAUCGACGAGCUCACGCAGGAACGUGACAGACUGAUGCGCUGCAAAAAGAACCGAAGAAAACCCCUCAAGCUACCACCUAAAAGGCAUGUUGUGGAGACAUAUUUUGGAUUUGAUGAGGAGUCUGUGGACUCUGAGACGUCGUCUCUGACCUCUUACAACACUGACCUCACAGACUGCACCCCUGCCACACCUGAGGAGGACCUGGAGGACGGUGUCUCUCGUGAAGAGUCAGAGCUGCGCUUCAGACAGCUGACCAGAGAGUACCAGGCUCUCCAGCGGGCCUACGCCCUCCUACAGGAACAGACUGGGGGGUCACACGAUGCUGAGAGAGUGGCCAGGAACCGUGAGCAGCUGCAGGCAGAUCUGAUUGGGUGCCAGGCGAAGAUCGCCGACCUGGAGAAGGCAUUGGCUGAGAGGGGGCAGGACUCUAAGUGGGUGGAGGAGAAGCAGUACUUCAUCAGGACCAAAAAGGAACUCCACGACAAGAUGUGUGUGUUACAGCAAGCUGAGUGGAAGCUGCAGGCGGCGGUGCAGGACGUGAGGGACCAGAAUGAGCUGCUGGAGUUCAGAGUGCUAGAGCUGGAAGAGAGGGAACACAGGCUUCCAGCCAUGGGAUUCCACAUGACUACCUUCCCAGAGAACAGCAACAGCGCUCUGCAGAUCUUCUGUCACCAGGAGGGCAUCAAGGACGUGGUUAUUCCAGAUCUGAUGAAGAAACUGGAUAUCCUGGGAGAUAAUGGGAACUUGCGUAACGAGGAGCAGAUUGUUGUCAUCCAGGCGGGGACGGUUCUGUCAAUGUGUGAGAAGUGGUUAAAACAGAUAAACAGCACAGAGGCAGCCUUGACCCAGAAGAUGAUUGACCUGGAGAAUGAGACGGACCAGUUCAGUAAGCAGAAGGGUUUCAUGGAGGAGGAGCUGGACUACAGGAAGCAGGCCCUGGAUCAGGCCUACAUGAGGAUCGCAGAGCUGGAGGCGACUCUGUAUAGCGCUCUGCAGCAGGAGCCGGGGGGGCGUGCGGUCGCAGAGUCUCUGUCCAACAGGCAGCGGGAGGAGCUGGGGCUAGCMGUGGACAAACUGCGGAGGCAGAUACUCAGGCAGAGCCGCCAGUAUGACAGUCAGAUCUUACAGGAGCGCAUGGAGCUCCUACAGCAUGCCCAGCAGAGAAUAAGACAGUUGGAAGGCAUGAUUGACAUGCAAAAGAGACAAGUCAAGGAAAUUGAAGAAAAGCUUUUAUUAUUGUGCCUUAAUGACACUGACACGGACCGACAUCAGGUAAUGACACACAGCGACGCAACCUCCCUAAUACUGUGUAAGAACAGGAGGAUGACGCUGACGAUCAAUUGUCUGUUUCCUCAGGUGCUAAGGCGCUCGGGUGGAGAAACACACAACAUGUUUGUUUUUUUAAUGUGUUUUUUAGAUGGUUCACAAACCUUAUGUCUUUUUUGAUAAACAUGCACUUUUAACCUGGGAUGCAAAACAUAACAAAACCAUGACUUUAAAAAGUGAACAAAUACCAGAGACAUAUAAAGAGAGGUGUAUCAGUGUUUUUUUAUAGAAAGGAAGCCUCGCCUACMAUUUCUGGAAGUGGAACAAUUAGCCAAACUCUAAMGUGAGUUCUAAAAAGCAUAAACAUUGUGACUGGAACACUGAAGCGGGUCAAUAAGGACAACAUUGAUUGAGACACUGCCUCAGAUGAAUUUAGAACCACACAACGAAAGAGUGCAAUUGGAGAGGAGGGAGGAGGAGGAGGAGAGGAAGAAGAAGGGGGAAGAUGGGGAGGGGGAAAGAAAGCAGGAGGCCUUUCUAACACAGACUAGCCAAGUCCUGGGCACUGGACCUUCCCGGAAAGCUCAGCGCAUGAGGGUCUCCAUGGAAACGGCCGUCACGGCCACGUUGAAAGGGUAAGAAGUGAAAGCUCUGAGUAGGUGCCGCAGUAGAGAGACACCAGAGGACUGAGGGGACGGGAGGAGUCUAGUCUGUGGAAGACAACAAAGAAUCUUCA